UCAUGCUGUGCACACCUACAUAUUUAAAUAUUUUCAGAAAUGUGAGGUGUCGUCACUUUUGUCAGUUACUAUACAUGUAUAUGCAUAAAUAGUUACAGAAUUAUGCAAUAGUGCACAUACGCAUACAUACAUAUAUAGGCCAAGUUUGCACACAUUGUAUUUUGACUACCUUGUAGAUUCUCACUGAAGGCCUCAAAACUAUCAUUCAACACUAGAACAUUCUAACUACAUUUACAGGUCAGAAAAGUGGAAAGAGUAUAAUUUAAAACAUAACCUUUUUUUUAAUUUCAACUUUAUGCCAAUUAAAUGACAUUGUUUUCCCUCUUAUUUUUACAAUGUUCUAAAAAUAUUUUUGAAUUAAUUCUUGUAAAACUACUGUCGAUCUCUCCAUUCAUGCUGUUGUUGUCUAUUUGUUUUAGUUUUCUUGUUCAAUUCUAUUUUUUUAGAAUGAGCAACGGGCCAAUAGGAGUGGUGGUGUUGAUGUAGCAGCAAAGUGAUGCAAUGGGUCAUGACAGAAUAAAUACACAAGACACCAGCGGCUCCAUAAGUUAGUAGGUGCAUGAAUGUGAUCAUCCUGCUCUGUCACUAAAUGCUGUACGUUCACAUUCUUUUCCUAUGAGGUUAUGUCAUCAACUUCUUUUCUUAUGAGAUCAGUGAAUCUUUCUUGGAGAUAAAUAAAGUAUAUAUAUAUCUAUGUAGGAAAAACAGCCACAACUCGGGCUGCAGUUUAGACCCCACUGUUACAGUUAGAGCAUUAUAGUAUAUUAUUAACAUGAAUUAGUAUUUAUAACAAUACAUCAGAGGACACUACUGUAUUGCUAUUUUUCAUAACGUGCUGAUGUGACGGAGCUCAUACGCGAUGUCCUCGUGCUUAUCUGUCGCCAUUCUUUCAACAAGCGGCAAUAAAAAGAGAUGACUUUAAUAAAACGGUGCAUUGCUAAAGGUUGUAACAUGCUCCUAAGCGUGGAGGUGAAUAAAUAAACCACCUACGCUUGUGUUUAGUGUUGAGAAAGCUUCGGAAUAUAAUAGUAGUAGUAGAAUAUAAUAGUAAGUUUAUAAUAGUCCAUUAUGUUGUUUAUAGGAAGCAUCUAAACAGCAAUGCCAAUGUAUUUCCACCUCACCCCCGACUUUGGAGCUUAUUAUUUAUCAUGAAAUUCUCAAUACUUAUGUAUAUCUGCUUAUAGGAAGUAUUAGAAAGCUUAAAACCUUGUCUUAUGUCCAACAUAAUUGGUGACUGAAGCGCAUGCAUAUUAGCAACACAUUUGCUAAGAAGGGUUAAAAUGAGGAAGGAAUUGCUUAAUUACCCAGAUUGCUGUAAGCACUGCUAGAGUCUUGACUGGAACCAGGAAAUAUGAUAUUAGUCCAUUAGUGGUUAGCAUGUUGGCUACAGGAGUCAGGAGAUCGAGAAGAGCUGUUUUCGAUUCUCCUGGUACCCGAUUUCCUCCCACAUUCCAAAAACAUGCAUGUUAGGCUGGCGAGUCCAGUGUGUACCCCUACCCAAAGCCAGCUGAGAUAGGCUCCGGCAUAGAAAAUGGAUGGAUAGCUUCCUGUCGCUCAGAGUCUUAGUGUCCAAGUGCAUCCCUGACAUGUUACAGCCACAUAAACCAUCGCAGGCGCUAAGAGGUAGUGAGGAAGUGGUCUCAUGCGGGCGCCCAUAGUCGGGACUAAACAUGGUAAGAAUCUGGAACAGUCUUCCAGACGAUGUGCGAUAAUCCUCAACCUUGGAAAUGUUCAGAUCUGAAAGUAUUUUGUCUGCUCUCUUCAUUUUUUUAACAUUUUUUAUGGUUUUGCUUUGCUUUAUGAAUUUAGAUUAAUGAUAUUUAUAUAUAUAAUGAUAUAUUUAAUGAUAUUUAGAAUGAUUCUAUGCUUUUUAUCCUCUUUCUGUGAAGCACUUUGAAUUACUUUGUGUACAAAUGGUGCUCUAUAAAUAAGUCUCAACUCAAUUGUAUUUUCCAAACAGGAUGUAAUUCCAGAUGUAAUUCCAGUAUGGGCCAGAUAGACACAUGAAAUCGUUUGCUGUCUCGGGUGCAUACUCAAAGAGCUUAUCCACAAAGGACAUCCCUGCACCUCUGAAAGUGGUACAUUCCUGCAGAAAAAAAAGCCAAACAGAGUGGGCGCCAAGCUCCAUUGAAAACAGGAUGGACGAGGACGAAGACUGCAUCGCCGUGGUGGGCAUCGGCUGCAACUUCCCAGGCGGUGAAGGUCUAGACAAUUUCUGGAAGGUUCUAGUGAAUGGACGCAAUUGUUCCAUACCUAUUCCCAUGGAGAGGUUUGACUUGUCCAGCUGGUAUGACCCUGAUGACAACAAGGCGGGUAAAUCCCGCACAGCCAAGGCCGCUCUCCUUGAUGGUUUCAACCAAUUCGACCACAAGUUAUUUGGCAUCAGCGACAGUGAAGUGGAGGGAAUGGACCCUCAACAGAAGCAGCUGCUUCAGUGCGUCUACAGAGCUUUGGAGAAUGCUGGUAUUCCGAUGGAAAAGGCCAGCGGAACCAGAACCGGAGUGUUUUUUGGCCUCAUGAACAGAGAUUACAUGACCUAUGCGGCCCACGCACACCCCAGCGACAUCAACCACUGGACCGGGACGGGACUGGCCAUGAGCAUCGCUGCCAACAGGGUCUCGUACAUCUUCAACUUCACCGGGCCGUCGCUGGCCAUCGACUGUGCCUGCUCAUCCUCUUUGGUGGCUCUUCAUCUGGCCGUCCAGGCCAUCAAACAAGGGGAUUGUGACAUGGCCGUGUGUGGAGGUGUCAACUGCAUCAUCGUGCCCACAGUGUUUGUGGCCCUCAGCAAGGCCAAGAUGAUCUCACCGGACGGCACCAGUAAGCCUUUCUCUAACAAGGCAGAUGGUUAUGGGAGAGGUGAGGGCUGUGGCAUCGUUCUCCUUAAACCGCUGAGAAAGGCUCUACAAGACCAGGAUCACAUUUGGGGCAUCAUCAGCAAGACAGCAGUCAACCAAGAUGGCCAUUCGGUGUCGCCGAUGACCAAGCCCUCCAUGACGCAACAAGAAGAGCUGCUGAGGAGAAUCUACUCCGAACACGACAUCGCCAACAUCCACUACAUUGAGGCUCAUGGGACCGGAACCCCAGUUGGAGAUCCGACAGAGGCGGCUAGCAUCUCAAAUGUCAUUGCCAAAGCCCGAGCUCCUGGUACAGAAACUCUCAGAAUCGGCUCGGUGAAGAGCAAUAUCGGACACACUGAAUCUGCCGCGGGGGUAGCUGGCAUCAUCAAGGUGCUCCUCAUGAUGAAGCACGAGACCAUCGUUCCUUCUGUGUUCUUCUCUGAAGACAAUGCCAGCGUAGAUUCCCUCGCUCUGAAUCUGCGCAUUCCUACAGAGGUUGAAAAGUGGGAAGCAAAGGGAGCACGGAUCGCAGGAGUGAACAAUUUUGGCUUUGGAGGCACCAACGCUCAUGCUAUUGUCAAACAACACAUACGGUCGCAGUCUGUCAAAAAGUGUGAUGGCAGGCAGGUGAAAUAUUUUGUCAUGUCGGCAAAUUCAUUCAAGUCUCUCACACUCACGCUAGAAGACACCAUCGCACAUCUGGAGGACAAUGUGGAUCUGGACUGUCUAUUGUACACGGCAGCUUGCAGAAGGAGCCACCUCAAGCACAAAUACCGAAGAGCCUUAAUGGUUUCAUCCCUAGUUGACCUUAAAGAGAAGCUACAUGCCGCUGUUGGCAGAAAUACAAGCCCUGCCCUUUCAGAUCCCAAGUUAGUAUUCGUCUUCUGCGGCAACGGCGUCGCUUAUCACGGCAUGGGCAAGCAGCUACUCCGACACGAGCCGGUGUUCAGAGAUACGAUCAAGCAUAUUUCGCAGGUUUACCAAAGGCUGAGCACACUGAACAUCUUGGACACGCUUGAAAGCGAUCACGAGCACAGCGACUACAACGCUCCACAUGUGGCCCAGCCUCUUCUCUUUGCUCUGCAGGUGGGCGUGGCCACUCUGCUCAGGCGCUGGGGCGUCAAAGCUGACGCCAUGCUGGGACACUCGGUGGGCGAGGUCGCAGCAGCUCACUGCUCAGGCCUCCUGUCCCUUGACGAUGCCCUGAAAGUCAUCUACUUCCGCAGCGUACACCAGGGCAAAGUCACUGGGGGGAAAAUGCUGGUGAUCAGCAAUAUGGCCGUGUCAGAGGUCACAGCUCUUCUCCCGCGUUACUCUGGAAAAAUUUGUCUGGCUGCGUUCAACAGCCCGCAGUCUUGUACCCUCUCUGGGGAUGCGGAUGCAAUAGAAAACCUCCGGGAAGAGCUGAGUCAUUCAGCUAACAGUCAGAACCUAUUCAUUCGGGUGCUAGAGGUCCCUGCUGCUUAUCACAGUCACAUGAUGGAUCCAAUUCUGCCCAAAAUCAGGGAGGCAAUCGGUUCCUUGGAAGAGAAUGAGCUCAGCACACAGCUUUUCUCAACAGUGACAGGUGAGGAGGCACGACGAGGGGAUUUCUGCUCAGGUGAUUAUUGGGCUAGGAAUAUUCGGGAGCCAGUUGCUUUUGAGCAGGCAGUCAGAUCAGCUAGUGGAGGCAAGAAGAGUUUGGUCUUUGUGGAGGUGGGUCCACGGAGAGCCCUCCAGAGGAACAUCAUGGAAACUCUGGGGAACGACAUACCAGUUGUUGCCUCGCUGCAGCCAGACAAAGACCACCAGACACUAGUGUCUGUGGUUUCCAGGCUCUUUGACGUCGGCGUCCAGGUAGACUGGAACACCUUCUAUGCAGGGUAUGAGACUGUGCCGCUGCCCUUCCCAAAAUACCAGUUUGAUAUCUCGGACAGGGAUGUGAUCAUUAAAGGUGCUAGGAAAAACACUGCCAGUAAUCACCCAGUGCUCUGCGCCACAGGAAGUGAAAAGAACACAUUCAGCUGUGAUGUGGUGUCCGAUUCUGUCUUCUACCUGAAAGAACACAAACACAACAGUGUACCCAUCAUCCCUGGAGCCUUGUAUGCCGAGUUGGGCUUGGCUGCAUUCAUGGCCUGUGCAAAACCAAAGGUCCCCCUCAACGCACUGCAGCUUAGUGUCAGUUUUCACAGCCCUUUCAUCUUAACUCCAAAUCCCCCAGAGAUGAAGGUGCAGCUCGAGCAAAAAGAGAAUGAAGCCACCUUCACUGUGUUCUCAUCCUUAGCCACGUGCGCAUCAGGCAUGGUCGUCGUGAAAAAAGAGCGACCAGUAGAAGAACAGCACAUUGACCUACAUGGCAUCUACAAACGCUGCACAUCUGCGGUGACCUAUCAACAAUUGUAUGACUUCCUCUCCCAAGGAGGCUUUCAGUAUGGAGAUGUCUUCCAGAAUAAGGCCAGUGUUCACUAUGGGAAAGAUCUGAGAGAGGCCUAUGCUGUUGUCACAGUUUCAGAGGAACUGCUGCCUCAGUUGCAUGACUACCAUGUUCAUCCCGUCGUGCUGGACUUACUCAUGCAACUUUUGCCAGUCACAGUUGAGCAUAUUUUUGCUGGCGGACUGGGAUUUCCUGCUAAGAUUGGAAGUUUGACGGUGGCAGCACCCUUGAAAGAUGAGAUGAUUGUCUACUUGAGGGCAACUGAUGUCGGUACGGACCACUUUGAGGUCUGUGGGUGCUUUGCAGAUAGAGAUGGCAACGUCUUGGUUGAGGUGAAGCACGUGUUAAUCAAAUACCUUGGCAGUCUUUCACAUGUGGUUGAGGAGGACUUCUAUCAUAACCACUUCAACGUCUUUCCCGAGGGGAUCACAAAUGAUCCACCUCCUAAGGCCUUGGUGUUCUCGGACCGCAUAGGAAUCUCAAAAUGUCUACAGCAACACUUGGACUCCAGAUCUCGCUACAUUUCCUUUACAUAUGCUAAAGAGAUCUUGAGCAGUGGCUUUCCGGCGCUCUUGGCAAACCUCAAUAUCACAGACAUUGCGGACAACUUUGAUGAGGUCUUGUUCUUGUGGGGCAAAGAGAACUUUGACUCACUCACACCUGAUGUCGUCCUGCAGAAUCUGGCCAACUGCUGCGAAACCUUCCGGCAAAUUGUCGUAGAGCUCAAACGAAUUCGCUUUCCAAAUUCCAUCCGAGCAGUAACCUACUGUUCAUCUGAUCUCACAGUCGAUCACGUCAAUCCAGGCUUUGCCAUCGUUGGCAUGACUCGCUCUUUUGCUGCUGAAAUACCAGAGCUUUCUUUCCAGUUGGUUGACAUAAGCUCUGUCUCUGCUAAGGAUAUCACAGCUCUUUCUGAGGUCCUACGAGCCUACCCUUGCAGCAAGUACCCAGAACUGGUGGUGAAAGACGGGGUCAUUCUCAAACCUUCCAUUGAGCGUACCACUCCUGAAUUAAUUGAAAACUCUGCAGGGAGUUUUACCUCCAGCACUUGUGAACCUUGCAUCCUUCAGACUGCAGAUGCCUUUACAAUGAGCCGGCUUACUGCUGUCCAUUUUGACAAUGAGGAAGAGACAAUAAGUGAUACUUGUGUUGAAAUUCAGCCCACUAAUAUGUGUGUCCACUCGUCGGAUUACUUCCCUGUCAGUGCCUCACAUCUGAACUUUGGUCAGACGCUGUACUGGAACCAGCACUCUUCCCAGAACCACAAGCUACUCAUGCUUGACUUCAGUGGUGUUGUUACAAGGGUCGGAAAGGAGGUCAAGAAAUUAAAAGUGGGUGAUUCUGUGGCUUCUUGUUACCCUGUGUUGGCAGCCAAUAGGGUCAGGGUCCCACAAGAUAUCUGCUACAGCACCAAACGCCUUCCCUUCCUUCAAUCAACACCUUGUGUGUCCUACUUUGUGCUGGCAUGGGAGAUAUUGCAUCGCGUUUUGCCAAGAGCAAAGCAAAGCUUAGGCAUUAUAUCUUCUGUUCCUGAUUCAGCUCUGGUCAAGGUUUUGGCGCUUGCAUCUCAGAAGUUAGGGUGGAACGUGCUUGUUGGAACACAGUGCAAUGAUUCCUUUAUAAAUGCCAAUCAAAUGGAUGCAAUCAUUAUCCUGCCUCCAUAUGACAAAUCCUUGAUGGCUAAAAUAUCUAACUCUCAUGCUGUCCAGAAUGUUGUCCUUGUUCGUGAGUCCCAAACACAGCCUAUGGUUGCCCAGGAUCUGCUUCAGGUUUUCCAGCAAAGUGUCCAUGUGCAGACAGUUGACAUGCCAGUCAUUCUGCAAAAAGGAUCACUCAGGACUCGAAGUGUGCGUUUUUAUCAGUGGCUCAGGUCUUUGAACAUCACUCAGCAAUUUUGCCUAGGAAGAGUCACCUUUCAGAGUGUCACAUCUGAAAAAAUCAACAACCUUUAUUCAGAUUCCUACUUCAGUGCAAAGAACCUGGCUGUUGUGGCUCUAAAAAAAGGACAUUCCACAUCAAUAUCAGACAUUCCGCUGCUGCCCACGAAAAAGCAGCUUUUUCGAAAGAAAUCAGUGUACAUCGUGGCAGGCGGUCUGACCGGGCUGGGCUUUGAAACGGUCAAGUUCAUCUCACUCAAGGGAGGCGAGUUCAUCGUCAUCCUUUCCAGGAGCAAGCCCUCAGCAGAGAUGCAGCAAGCAAUAGGAAACGUGGAGAAAUACUGUGGGAACAGCAUUGUUAGCAUGGAGUGCGACAUAUCAGUGUCUGAGCAGGUGCACAAAGUUGUGGAUGCCAUCCAGCUCAAAUUUGAAGGCUGUCCAAUCAGAGGAGUGUUUCAUAGCGCAGUGGUCUUGCAUGACGGGCUCAUUGAAGCCCUUGACAGAUCCCUCUAUGAGAAAGUUCUCAAGCCCAAAGUGAAUGGUGUGCUUAACUUGCACCAUGCAACACUGAGCUGCCAGUUAGAUUACUUUGUUUGUUACUCCUCCAUAUCAGGCUUUCUGGGAAAUGCGGGGCAAACAAACUAUGCCGCAGCAAACACUUUCCUGGACUUGUUCUGUCAGUACAGGCGCAAACUAGGCCUGCCUGGACAGUCCAUCAACUGGGGACCUCUCAACCUUGGGCUCCUCCUGAACAAAGAUGUGGUCCAUCGGUUCCUGGAGGCCAAGGGCAUGAUGGUGCUGAAUGUAGCUGAAAUCCACAAAAGCCUGGAGCAAUGUUUGCUCACCAACCGACCCCAACAGGCCGUGUGCCGCUUCCACUUGAAAAACAUCCGCUUCAACGUCCUCUCGCAGAAUGUAGCUCUGACUGUGAGGCUGUCUUCACUGGCGGAUAAAACCUUCCAAAAGUUCAGCGAGUUGGACUCUGAAAAUAAAACCACUGAAGAAGUCCCAGCCAGGGAUUACGUUGUUUCAAUGCUCACGAAAACCAUUGGCUUGGAGGUGGGCGAAGCGAAAGACGACACUCUAAUCUCGACACUCGGUAUCGAUUCCAUGCAGGCCAUGACCCUGCAAAACCUCUUCUAUCAGGACCGAGGCGUCAACGUGCCUCUGGUGAAACUGUUGGACCCCAACGCCACACUGUCGACAGUGGUCGCCAUCUUAAAUGAGGGGAGCCGAAAUGGAAUUAAUAUCCAACUCUAAACUGACACAAGCACACUUUCCACCAGAUUUUAAGCCUGAUCACUGUUGUGUGGGAAAUUUGAUUACUCAAUAUGUCCUCACUGACUUUGCUAUGAUCCUGGUUGAGGGGAGCAGAGAUGAAAACAAUAAGCAAUUUUCAACUGAUACGAGCGAUGAUUCCAUCAGAUUUUAAUCCUGAUCACGGUUGAUAUGUGGGACUUUUCAGUAUGAACUGUGUCCUGAUUGACUUUGUUGUGAUAGUUGUGAUUAUCUCAAGGUCUGAAGGUUCUGUAGAGAUAACAGACAUCCAUGGAGACCUGCAGGUGAUCAUUCAUAUCAGCAUUGAUGAUAUUUAUUGGCUUUAUAGGGAUGAUUAAACAAUGGACACCUACUAUGGGCAUGCUAAUAAAAUGCACUAGCAUAGCGUGGUUAUGUAUUAUGGUUGUGUUUGUAUAACAUUUUCCCAUUCUGUCAGUAUACUAUUUGAGUGAUAGCAUUUAAGCACUUUUUAUGACAAUGUGGCAAAAAUAAAUGUCUGAUUGUCGUCAUGGAA